GUGGGGCGCGUGGCCAGGCCCUCCCCGCCUGCUGCCAGAGGGCGGAAGCGGGCGCCAGGCGGCGUUCUCACUGCGGCCGGGGAGCCGCCGCCCGGGAAUGGCGCACAGCUCUCGCCCCCGCGCCCCUCUCCCCGCCUGCACCGGCUCCCCGCCGGGGGUGCCCUCCCUCCUCUGCGGGAGCCCAGCAGGGACAAAAGCCAGGAUGGAUGAUCAAGCAUGGUAUUUGAGAACUUCAAAGCUGGCUCUGGCCUUGGCAAUUAUCCGCUCAAAACCAGCAGACAAAAGCAGCAGAGAAUACACAGAGCAUCUUGCAAGGAUGGUGUCUGGGCAGGAAUCAAAAUGGAGAGAAAAAGUCAAAGCCUGGGAAGCUGAAGUUCUGCAAUUACGUCAAAAACUUCUUCUGAGCAGGAUUUGUUCAGGAUCAUUUGAGAGUGGAGGUCCAUCUUCCCAGUUGCAGGCUCAGGAACCUAGAAGUUCUGAAAACACUUCGACUCUGCUGGAAGAUUCUGGGUGCGGUUUAUCAAAUGAGCAGAGAACUGAACCUUCAGAGAUGACCGAGCAUUCUGGGGAGAGCUGCAUCUCCACCCCCUUCCCGCCACUGCCCAUUGUGAGCAGACCUUGUGCUCCUCUGGAAAAGCCUCUGUCUUCUCACAUGCAGUUCUUGCAACAUCUGCUUGGGCUGAAGACCUUGACCGAGUCAGAGAGUCUGAAAACUGACUUAAGCCACUUUGAAAACGCCUCUUCCACAGUAUCCGAUUCUGUUUUUCAGUUGCUGGAUGGCUUGAUCACUUUUUACCAAGAACCCAAACUUCCUUGUUCAAGCUUUUGGAUCAAAGCUGUGGAUACUUUAGCUAGACUGAUCAGUGAUUGUAACUUAUCUAAUCAUAUUCUUAAAAAGUGUUCCAAGAAGUUGGAAGAAUUUGAGAAGACCCUGCUACAGGUUAUUUCAAGGAACAGCCAUAUCAAUCGGUUUCAGGUGCAGCAUUAUGUCUCUCAGAGUCUGGUAACCCUGGGAAGUUGCAGCUUGUUGAGAAAAUCUAUAAUAUCUCUGCUUCUGUCAGAAGUAAACAGCUUCGCUGAUGAUCUGGGCGCCAUCAAUCAGGUGCAAGCCAGUUACGAUGUGACACGCUAUGAAAAUAUUUUCUCUGUGUUCUGGGUUCUGGAACAACUUCUUCGGAAGGAAACUGAAGAAGGCAACGCUUCAAGAACAGGGCAUGAGGACCAAGAAAUCAAGAAAUUUCUUCAGAAGCAUGAUGAAACUAUUUUGCAACUCUCUGAUGCAUUUCCUUUAUUUACUUUUUAUUUAUGGAGACUGGGCACUCUCUUGAACUCAGUAGAGAUAGGAACUGUUGAAAAUAACUCACUUCCUUAGCAAUUUACCAAAUAUCAGAAGCAUACUAAAGUUGAAUAUAUGAAGAUCUUGUGCUUAACAGAUUUUCAAGAAUAUUUUUAAAUGAGCAUUUUAAAUGCAUCUCUAAAUAUAAUCAUUAAUUCAAUUUAAGAGUC